AUGCAGGACCGUAGACAGGACCGCAGCCGCACUGAAUAUGCAACUGACACGCUAAAAGAACCCACAAGUCUGUCACAACUAGACACCAGACUGCCUCACACACCGUCUACGAAAGAAAAGAAAUCCGGAGCUUUCCUGAAAUCCAGGAAGCUGUCUGACAAAAUCAUGCGCUACGAGAGCCAUUUCGGUUUCAUCUCCAAACAUCUACAGAACAAAUCAAUUCCAAAGGGAGCGCGACUCUCAUCCAGGCUACCUUUUGCUAACUUCAACGCAACUCAUCUGUCCGAGUGGGAAGCUGUCUUACAUGAUGCGUCGCUCGCCCUUCUCUCUAUUGCAUCACGCCACUGCGAAGAUCAACUCAUCGACCUACGAAAAAAGCAACACGAAAUGACCUCACUUCUGACGUCUACGGAAAAACGCGCUCUCGCUGAUUUUCAGACAAAAAAAUCCAAUGCCUUGCGGACAGUAAAGGGCAGAAAAAUGGAACGCGAUCUUCCGUCGGCACACCAGGGAACUGUGCAGUCGCCUCAGGACCCGACGAAGGCCAUUAUUGAACCACCUUUGGCAGGCCGUUCUUACAGUCCCCCCAAAUCCAUGGUAAAUCUCUCAUCAGUAACGCUAACAGACAUCGAGGAACGCCUUCUAUCAAAAGGACUCUCCUUCUGUCCAAGUACAACAGGAUUGAACGAAUUCCAACUGCACACAGAUCUUGAAAACUUUGCCCGUAAACUGCGCCUGAGGGAAUUUUUCCACGAUAAAGAGAACUCCAGACAGACGGCUUCCCCUUUCAAAACAGGUUCCAGCUGGUCACCCCCUGAACACAGGGACCGCCAUCUCGAUGAUUACGUCCAAGCUGUGCAAAAGGAUAUCCUCAAAGUAACGUCCAAAAAAGGACCCCCACGACACAAUCUGUCAAGUGAAGAACGCAAAGCACUCAGCGAUCUUGAGAAGCGAAAGGACAUUGUCAUCAAACCCGCGGACAAGGGAGGUGUUAUUGUGGUCAUGGACACUGACGCAUAUAUUCGCGAGGGAGCCCCCCAACUGGAAGACACAACGUUUUAUGAGAGGCUUGAUCGCGAUCCCACACCAGACUAUGCGUCAAAGAUCGAGAGGACCCUAACCGACCUCCGUGAUAACAAAAAAAUCACGCCUGAUACACUUAAGCAACUCCUUCCACAAUCUCCGAAACCUGGUCGCUUUUAUCUGUUACCCAAGAUUCACAAGCCGGGCAAUCCAGGCAGACCCAUCAUAUCUGGCAACAACACAGUGACAGAGAACUUGUCAACGCUUGUGGACUACCUCAUCAAGGACAUCCCCCCCACCCUUCAGUCAUAUGUGAAAGACACCAACCAUUUUCUAAAGACCAUUCGCAACCUCAAACUACCUGAGAACUGCUUCCUUGUCACCCUUGAUGUAGCGUCCCUCUACACUAAUAUUCCCCACUCUCACGGCAUCGAGGCGGUCGUGGAAGCCUACACGAAAUCAGCGUCGGACAGUCCCUACCACGUGGACAGCGCCACACUGAAGGUACUAUUGGAAAUUAUACUAACGCUGAACAACUUUGAAUUUAAUGGCCAACACUACGUCCAGAUAAAUGGCACAGCUAUGGGCACAAAAAUGGCCCCAAACUACGCGAACAUCUUCAUGGAAAUCACAAAGAACAGGUGGGGAGAGGACAGCAGGAAGCAGUGA